CUCUAUAACCCUAUAUUCCUAGCCUCCCACUAAAAUAUUUUCAAAAUCAUCAUCAACCACCCGGAAGGCCGGAAUAAAGUCAAGAUUCAAUAGUAAUUUUCAAGUAUUUUAGUCUUCUUCGAAUCUUCGUCCAUUUCAAAGUAAAUAGUUUUGCAAGGUCCAAACCGUUCAAUUCGAUCAGAUCAACAAAUGGCAGCUUUCUCGUUUGGUUUCUCCGGCGGUUUUUCUCCUCCCGGUUUUUCGUCCAGCGGAAGCCCUAAAUCCGCUAAUUCUAGGCUGACAACCUCUUCAGAGAGGUUUCUCAACGUGCAUGGUUUGCAGACGUUGGGUUUGGGAGGGUUUUACCAUCUUGGCUCUUCUUCACUUCUUAAAACUGGCAAAUUGUUUCACAGUGGUUAUCACAUUGCCUCAUUUAAGAGAAAUUUUGGAGUAUGCUUUAGUGGCGGGGCCGGCAUUGAAGCAGCUGCUGGAUCUUUUCCAGAUCCCAACCCACUAACGGGUUGGAUAAUUGGGAUUCUGGUAUCUAUGGUUGUGCCAUUUCUCCGUCACAAAUUCGGGUCUCUUACUCAAAUUAAAAAUUCUAUACAACAGGCGGAAGAAGUGGUCCACCGUAUAGAGCAGGUGGCAGAGGUGGUGGAUAAGGUGGCCGAAGAUAUAGGUGAGAAUCUUCCGGCCGGAAAAUUGAAAGAUGCGGUGGCGUUGGUGGAACAUGCGGCUGAGAAAGUGGAUAAGGAAGCAGAAAAGUUAGAAGAGCUAAUUGAUAAGGUGGAAGAAUUGGAGGAAAAGGUGGAGGACCGCGUGGAGUCGUUUGUGGAAUUGUCGAGCCAAAAAACUGAAGAAUAUGCUCUUAAUAAAUCUGAGAGUGUUGAGAGUGUCAAAGUAGUUUGAGGACUUAUAAAUUUGUCUCCUUGUCUCUGUUCAUUAUUCGGAUGUUCUAAAACCUUUGUUAGUUUUCAUUUAAUCAGUGGUUUUGAUUAUUUCUUUGUUAAAAUUUUUAACCAUACAAUUUUUACUUUAUUAUUGUAAUUUUACGGGUUGUUUACCUGUAAAAAAUGAAAUUUGAACCCCUUUUUUUGCCGGUUCGGGGUGUGCAUUGGAUAUUUUUUUUAAUUCAGGGACUGAGUUGAGCUUACAUGACAGGUACAUGGACCUAAG